UAAUUUAAUUUUAUCUUAUCAAUUAGUUAAAAAACUUAAAAGUAUUGUUGUGGUAUUCUAUUGACUUUUGAGUAAAGAAGUAAAUGUUAAAAUGUCGGUACAUUAUAAAUUUAAAAGUACCCUUAAUUUCGACACUAUAACUUUCGAUGGACUUCACAUUUCUGUUGCUGAUUUAAAAAGAGAAAUAAUUCUGCAGAAACGACUUGGUAAAGUUAUUGAUUUUGAUCUUCAAAUAACCAAUGCCCAAACUAAGGAAGAAUAUAAGGAUGACAAUUUUUUAAUACCAAAAAAUACCACACUAAUUAUUGCCCGGAUACCGGUGGCCCACCCAAUUAAAAAAGGAUGGGAUCCGCCACCUGAUAAUGCUAUCACAAACGUGCCCUCAAGUAAACCCGAAAACCUUAACAUGGAUUUAUUUAAAAUGCAAGGUAGUGAAGAGGAAAAAAUACAAGCUAUGAUGAUGCAAAGUACAGCGGAUUAUGAUCCUAAAACGUAUCACAGAAUUAAAGGACAGUCUCAGAUCGGCGAAGUGCCUGCCUCCUAUCGAUGUAAUAAAUGUAAAAGAGGUGGCCACUGGAUUAAGAACUGUUCUUUUUCUUCUGGAAAAGAGCAAUUUGAAGUUAAGAGAAAUACUGGAAUUCCACGAUCAUUUAGAGGCAAGCCAGAAAUCUCAACAGAACAAGAAACUUCAAACUAUAUAGCAUCCAACGAGAAGGAUCAAGAAAUUCCAGAAGACUUAAUAUGUGGUAUUUGCCGGAAUAUUUUUGUUGAUGCCGUAAUGAUACCGUGUUGUGGUAGUUCCUUUUGCGAUGAUUGCGUUCGAAAUUCAUUGCUGGAAUCGGAAGAUAGUGAGUGUCCAGACUGUAAGGAAAAAAACUGUUCACCAGGAUCGUUGAUUCCAAAUCGUUUUUUAAGAAAUUCAGUGAACGUUUAUAAAAAUGAAACUUUAUCUAAGCUCGGAGCAUUUAAAUCUGUCAGCAAAAUAAGUACGGCAGUUGAGAAAAAGGAGAUCGUUGCUCGGGAACAAGAUGACUCGAACCCAACAGAGCCCUUGGAAAGUGUCAACGACAAUGUGGCUCCAACAAAUACCAUAGAAGAUCAAAAUAUAAGCAAACCUGUUAUAAGUAAUACCGACUCAUCUAAGAAAGAAAAAGAUAAAUUUGACUCGGAUUACGAAGAUAAUAUAACAAUAAAAAUGCCACAAAAAGAGAAUGAUACCAACUUCGUCUCUGCUGACACCAAUAAAGAACAGGUUUUACCUUCAUAUUCACAAACAUCACUUGGCAACAAUGUAAAUCAACGGCAUGAAGUAAACUUUGAAUAUAAACCGGAUCAUGAAAUAAAGCAGCCGCCUUAUGCGCGCAAUGAUAACAUCAAACCUCAAAAUGAACGAAGUCUUUUGCCUACUCCAAUCGGCAAUCACCAUAAGUAUCCAACUCAUCACAUGAACGAACAAAGGGAACAAAAGUCUAUAGUCAACCCAGACCAGAGCCAUCGUAUAAAUCAUUAUAAGCCAACAUACAUUCAAAUGCCCCGGUGUCCUACAAUCCUCCAUAUGUCUCCAUACAAUAAUGGUUACAACAAUAUGGCACACAGGCCCCCAAUAAGCUUCGGGCACUAUCAAAACCAACCUGUACAUCAUAUGAAUCCAUCAUAUAUAUCAACGGGAAAUAUUAAUAUCAAUCCAACGCAAACAUUUCAAUCGUCGAAUUUGGCUUCUAUUUAUCAAGGAGUAGCAGCAAAGGUUGGCACAGGACUGAUAGAUGACCCACUAGAAGCUUUUAACAGAAUAAUGAAGGAAAAAGAGAAACUUAAAGUAGAUCGCCGUCGAAGUCCUGGCCAUCACAGAUCUAGAUCGCCUGGAAGACUGCGUCAUCGUUUUAAAUCACCAGUGUAUGAUAGAGGCUCAUCUAGAGAAAUCAUGACCAAUGAAAAGAGAGCACGUUCUCGGGAAAGAAAGCGUGAAUACAGCUAUGAAAGACGACAAAGCCGAGUUACACGCCAUUCAAGCAACGGAUCAAAUUCACCAAGCGACAAGAAGAAGAGAUAUGUACACCAUCGUUCACCUUCUCCAAGACCCGGAUACAAACCUCGUACAGUAGAAAAAUCUGUGAGCAAACCAUACGGAACCAAAACAGAAACCGUUGAGCCUCCACCUCCUGGGUUUGAAUCGUUGCAAAUAGAGAGUUUAGCUGACAAUGACGUUAACAUUAAUAAUAAGACGGAAAAUAUGGAUAUCGAUAAAAGUGUAAAAGAUGAAAAUACUUCUCUUAAAAGACAAAGGCAUUAUAGUAAGAACGUCGAUGUCAAAGCAGUUGAUAAUACUUCUAGAAGCCUAACGCCACCGGCAAAGAGUAAGACUCCCAAAGUUGCUAGAACUGAAUGUACAGAAACAUAUGAAGGCUCUCCAAAAACACCAGAUAGAAGAGACGAUUCAAAAAGAAUUGAAAAAUACCAGAGUACCCAAUUGUACAGUCCGGAUAAAAAUAAAAUUGCUGUGCAGUCACAAGAUCAUUUGGAGUCCAUUAACAAUAUGGAAAAAGAAAAUAACAUCAAACUUAAUCUUAAAGAGCGAAAAAAGAAGAAAAAGGAUAAAUCAGAGCGCAAGAAGAAUAAAAAAGAGAAGAGGGACAAAAAGGACAAAAACAAAAAAGGCUAUUUGGAAGGCGUUGAGCCCACACCAGAAAAAGGUUCUGGCUUAGAUUUAAAUAUGGAUGCUUGCGAUAGCAUGGAAAAUGGCUCAAAUAAUCUGAAUCCGAAGAUAUCCGAUGCCAUUGAUCAAAAUGCGUUACAUAGGAAAGAAACUAUUGUAAAUAUGGAAAGUUCGGAUCAGGAUUUAAACAGAGAAAAUAUGUCAAGCAACAUUUCUGAAGCAAAUGAUGUCCAAAUAUCAAAAUGGGAAAUGGAUGAUAAUAAUUUGAUUAAUAAUUUAUUGGAUCCGUGUAAAAAAAUGGGAUCUAAUAAAAUUCAAGAGCAUUCAGAAAUAACAUCUGAUGUUAUUCGCAAGGCAGAAAACGCAAUUUUCGCAAAAGCUAUAAAUGCUAUUAGACCUGUUGAGUUUAAGGUAGUAAUAGACUCUAAGCAUAGCAGUAAAGAUCCUUCCCUUUCUUACAAAAGUAAUCAUAAAGAUCGCUCGCAUUCCCCGAAAUCUUUAAAUAAAUCCGUUAAAGAAAGAUUAGGCAACAAAGUUGUAAGUGAACGAAAUUACUCGUCAGAACGAUCUAAGAAUUAUCGAAGAGAUAGCUCUGUGAAAAAUGUAAAUGAUGAAAAAUACAAAUAUAAUUCUACAAGCUAUAAUUCGAGAAAAAAGGAGAAGGAUUCAAAAGAGCGCGUGGUAACAGCAGAACGAAAAUUUGAUGACCAUAGAAAUCGCUCCUCUCAUGAUCGUGACUUCGGAAAUACAACCCAAAAAGAAUCCCACUUUUCGGAGAGUCACAAAAACAAGCCACAAUUCAAGGACAAGCUGACCUCAAAAAAUACAAGAAGUGAGCGAAAAAAAUAUGAUGCAGAUCGUAAUACUCAUACGCAUUUUAAAUCAGUGGAACCGCGUCUUAUUUCGUCGAUUGCGUCAAGACCCUGUCGACCGGACAACCCUUUUAGAAAAUUUGAUGAAAAUAAUUCGUGUAGUAAUAAAGUUCCAAAAUUCGAUAGCCUAAUCAAAGAUGUAACACCUCCAACAACGGAUCCAGUUGAAUAUAAAAAACGAAAGGAUAAAAAAAUUAAGAAACUUAAAAGUUUAAAAAAAUGUUCGUCAACCGAAUCAGUAAGAAGUGAAAAGCAAAAGGAUGUAAAAAGCAAAAAAAAGAAAAUCUUAAAGAAAAAGAAAAAAUCCAGGAAAUAAAUUUUUGAACAUAAAAUCCAAUGAGACACAAAAAAAUUUUAUAUAAUAAAAGAUACUUAAAAUGACACAAUAUUUUAUAAUAAAAAACCUUAUGUACAUACAAAUAAUGUAAAUGGAACUGUUUAAAUAAAUGGGU